CGUUCCCUAUCUCUCCUUUCUCUCCCUAUGGGAGGGCGAGGAGGGCCCCGUAGCCGCGCACUGCGCACCGAGUUCAUCAUAGACAGAGCGAUCUUCCUGACAGCUUCUCGUCGGUCUUGAACGAAGGCGGAAUCGUUCAGAUUCUGUCUAUCUGUCCGGCUCUGCGGCAACGUGGUGUCGGUGUCGGCGAACCAAGGAAAGAUAGGGAGAAAGAGAGAGAGCAAAAUAGAGGGAAGAACAAGAGAACACGGGGAUAACGAAAGUGCGUGACCUUCUUCUCGCGUUCCUCUCCAUCGAGCUCGUUGCUUCGGAUUACCACACAUUCGUCCCGUUCCACUGUCCUCUGAUCGACGUUCGCGAAACUCCUUAGCAUCUCCUCUUCGUCUCAUACGAGACGACGGUUCACCUUUGAUCGUAUCCUCUGCCCUCGAUCUGAUCCGCAGGAACCUCUUCCACCCCCGUUGAGAUCCGAUCAAACGCGUCGGCACCUCCACUCCUGGAGUCCCUCCAAGACUCCUCCACCUUUUCUGCCCCUUCCUCCAGCCGAUUCUUGACGUUUUCCUCUUCCGCGGUUCACAAAGCCUCGCCUGGCUAUGUCGUCAUCGUCGCACCGUGCGUGACGAUCGCGGGAAGUUUGCUAUUCGACUGUUUGCACGAACGGAGCGAAAGAUAGGCUUGGUUACGAGGGAGAGAGAAGUCGAGGAAGCCGCGGUGGAAGAGGAAGAGGAGGCGGUGGUUGAGGAGAAAGAGGAAGAGGACUUGCAACCGAAGAGAGGCGGGGAAGGGGGGAAGGUGGGUGAUGGUCCGCGUGUGGGAGGAGUAGGAGGAUCCGGAGGGCGACUUUUCUUUUAUUUGAGCUUGACACUUCGCCGCGAGCGCACACACACCGGAAGUGUCGAGUGAGACACCGCGCUCUCUUCUCUUCUUCCGACCAACGCGCCGACAAAUCGGCUCGUUCAUCCGUAUCCACCGCUACUGAGUACAGCAGACGCGAGAAGAACACGAAGAAGAAGAUAAAGAAGAAGAAGGUGGACGACCUGCAAGUGCAAAAGGACGACAGGAUGUCACCAGAUCUUCGAAUAGACUUCGCCGAGAAGGGUGUCGCGGUCGGCGAGUUCGCGGUGCAAAUCGGAUAAAGGGAAUCGCGUCGGGGGACCGUCCGGGAGUCCGAGCUAUGCUGAAGUACUUCGCCGAAGAGAAUGCCAAAGAUAGAGCCGGUGCGACGAAGACUGUAGUGAUAGUGACCACACCGUAUACCUCGACGAAACCACCUGGGGGACACUGAAAUCCUCCGGAAUCGUCUCGUUCACGCAAGCAUCGACAGUAUUUUUGCUCCAAAGAUAAGUGUAUCUAAGAAGAUUCAGAAGCGAGAUCGUGCCGCUGUACCUCGUUCUCUUUCUCUCACUCGCUCCCCCUCCCUCUUUCGUAGACAGUUCCUCCCGAUAAACGCAACGGAGAUCUCUCUAAUGGGAACGUACGCGUAAGUGGUUCGUCAAAGGAUAGCGAGACGUCAUUACCCGACAAACGAGUCACGAGAGAAGGUAGGUGAUUACACGCCGAGAACGAACCUCCUCGUCAUCGAGCCAGCCAACGCAAUAAGCUGUCCCAUCGUGCCACGAAAGCCUGGAUCGAGACGCGCGCGCACGCACGCACGCACACACACAUACACACACACACACACACACACACCCUUUCUCUCUCGCUCUGUCUCUCUCGUCCGAUGAAUCGGCCGAUCGCCGUGGAAUAUUAUUGUCCCGGGGUAGUUUUCGGUACGACCCCUCGAAGCGGCGAAACUGCGAGCUCUCGAAUCGUACGGAACGUCAAAGGAGAAGCGCCGGUGCCCGGGGCGAGGUGGAGUCCUCGACGCGUGCCAGGCUGCUGAUCACAGGCACCGCGGCGAGAAGAGUAGGAGAGAGGGACCGUAGAAUACGGGGCGAACGCGAAGAGAGCGACGGAGAGCGAAAGAGAGAAGGCGCGCGCGAGGGAGAAGGAGCGGAAGAGGUAGAUAAAGAACGGGAGCAGCUUCCAGCAUCGUCUCGAACGAGGGGUCCUUCCGUUCGGGUGCUAGGGGUGUGCAGCCCCGGACGAGGGGUCGCACUCGACUCUUUUAAAGUGGGCAAACCGCGCAAAGAAGAGGAGACGUCCUCGGGGCAAUGACAGGAUGCCUCCGUCUCGUACAGGACGUGCACACGAGGGACCGCCGUCCAGGAUCGCCACCAGGAUCGGCCCCACCGUCGCCUUGCUGCUGAUCCUCUUGGAGCACCGUCGCGCAACCUGCCUAAUGAGCAAUUCCGUGGACGAUUGGGUGAGCGGCAACGCCGUCGUCUGCAACGGCAUCCCGGGACUGACGAAGGAGCAACGCGAGCUCUGCCACGUGAACCCCGACGUGACCGUCGCGGCGCUCAAGGGGUUGCAACUGGCCGUAUCCGAGUGCCAGCAUCAGUUCAUGUGGCACAGGUGGAAUUGCUCGUCCCUCACGCCCAGCAGCAGGACCCAGCAGAGUAGCGUUCUCCUUCAACGAGGCUACAGAGAGACGGCGUUUGCUUACGCAAUUUCGGCAGCUGGAGUGGCUCACAACGUGGCUCGUGCCUGCAGCAUGGGCCGCCUGCUCUCCUGCGGCUGCGAUCCAUCGAACUAUAGGGGUAAAACGCCGGCAAAGGCCAAAGGUGUUCAAUGGAAGUGGGGCGGUUGCUCUCACAAUCUCGACUACGGUAUAGAGUUCUCGAGACAGUUCCUAGACACGCGGGAGAAAGCCGGCGACAUACAGUCUACGGUGAACCUACACAAUAAUCAAGCCGGUCGUCUGGCGGUGGCGAACAACAUGCAGGUGCGCUGCAAGUGCCACGGCAUGUCUGGCUCGUGCGAGCUGAAGACCUGUUGGAAAGUCGUCCCGGACUUCCGGACAGUCGGCAAGGUCCUCAAGGACCGUUUCAGGAACGCUGUUCUGGUGACGCAGAGCAAUUUGGGCAGCGUGACGCCGUCCAUGAGGACUCGCGGCGCGCGUCGGAGGAAGCCCGAUCGCCAAAAGCGACGGAAGAAUCGCGGGGGCGACUUCGGCCGUAAGAAGAAGCCGCGGAACCUCGCGAAGCAACUCUACUAUUAUCAGAAAUCGCCCAACUUCUGCGAGCGUGACACGGCGAUCGACGUAACCGGCACCGCCGGUCGCAGAUGCAACAAGACUAGCACCGGCGGCGACGGUUGCGGCAGUUUGUGCUGCGGCAGGGGUUACAACGUGGUGCGCCAGCGGCGGACCGAGUGGUGCGCAUGCAAGUUCCACUGGUGCUGCUUCGUGCAGUGUCAGAACUGCACGGUAGAGGAGUGGAUCACGGUCUGCAAGUAAGGGAGGACCGGACGCAGGAUGGAGGUUUAAGACUGACGGAAAUGUCGACGCGGACGUCGUUCGUCCCGCGAACGGGGCACGACGAUCGACGGAGAUCGAAGGGGAGUGAGGGGCUCGCACAGCCUCGAAACGAUAAGAGAAGCAAUUAGCUCCGGGAAUUCGCCGUGGAGGCAUGCUCGUUCGCGGGGUCGAUUGUAGGACGUAAGACGAUAGGAUUAACGAUACGGUUCUUACUGAAGCCGGGAUUACGAAUUUCUCCGGGACGAUCGAGACGUCAGAGCGAAUCUCUCUCCUCGCCCAGCUAACUUCGAAGCUCUGUGAACGCAUCAGUAACGUAAUAAUCCUCGUUAGCGAGAUUAAAUCCGAUUUCUUCUACGCAGGCACCUUUGGAUUCGAUCGUGAUUCAAUUUUCUAUUCGUCGGCGUGUCGUUCGGAAUUGCGCGCCUCCACCGUGAAUCAGCGCGUUAAUCGCGCCAUUCGAGAGUCCGUCUUAGUCUACGACAAGAAACUUGUCCAUCAUUGUAAUGUCUAAAAUCAAUUUUUGCGUAAACGUGGAAAGUAACGACAUCUCCACCCCCACCACGACUGACACAGAUCGAUUUGAAGCCCUUUGCGAAUAUUGGAUGUCGGUUUAGCAAUCUUUUUUAACAGCUACCUGUGACAAUCGGAUCAAGAGUUAACGGAGUUAAUCUUUGAAUCAAUGCAGAGACCCAACAAUCGUACUAGAAAUAAAUUUACAUUGAACGCUUCGUAAUGAUACGAGUAAUACAAAACGAUUUAUACAUAGGCCAUAAGCGAACCCUAUAAUUUAUUUAUCAUGACGCUCUAUUUAAUUGAUAUUUAAUUUUAACUUUUGCGUGAACUGUAACACCUCCAUCACAGUAUUAUUAGGCGAGACACGUGUCCCGUUCGAUGGAUACGAUUGUAUACAAUUUAAUAAUGCGCGAACAAUAAAGAGAGUUCCUUUAAA